AACAUGGAGUACAAUCCUUCGGACCACCCGCGCGCCAGCACCAUCUUUCUCAGCAAGUCUCAAACAGACGUUCUUUUACCCAACAAGAAAGUUCGGGAAAAACGGAAAAGUCUAUAUGUCAACCAUUUAACACACAUUGCGGAGUCAAAGCAACAUCCAUCUGGCCCAAUGAGACGCAAGUACAGCUCCUGUUCGACGAUCUUCCUGGACGACAGCACCGUUAGCCAACCCAACCUCAAAUACACCAUUAAAUGUGUUGCCCUCGCAAUAUACUACCACAUAAAAAACAGAAAUGUGGACGGGCGAAUGCUGUUAGACAUUUUUGAUGAAAAACGUCAUCCACUUUCAAAAUCGGAGGUGCCGUCAGACUAUGACAAGCAUGAUCCAGAACAGAAACAGAUCUACAGAUUCGUUCGUACGCUCUUCAGUGCCGCCCAGCUCACGGCUGAGUGUGCCAUAGUUACUCUGGUGUAUCUGGAGAGAUUAUUAACAUAUGCAGAGAUUGACAUUUGUCCUGCUAACUGGAAGAGGAUUGUUUUGGGUGCUAUCCUGUUGGCGUCAAAAGUGUGGGAUGAUCAGGCUGUAUGGAAUGUUGACUACUGCCAGAUCCUCAAAGACAUCACCGUGGAAGACAUGAAUGAGUUGGAACGACAGUUUCUGGAGCUGCUGCAGUUCAAUAUUAACGUUCCAUCAAGCGUCUACGCCAAGUACUAUUUUGACUUGCGUUCGCUUUCAGAGGCGAACAACCUCAGCUUUCCCCUUGAGCCUCUCAGCAGAGACAAGGCCCAGAAACUUGAGGCGAUCUCCAGGCUUUGUGACGACAGAUAUAAAGACUUGAGAAAAGCAGCCAAGAAGCGCUCAGUGAGCGCAGAUAACCUGACAGUGGUCAGAUGGUCGCCAGCCAUCAUAUCCUAAUAAAAGUGGACAUUGGGGACUUUCACGAGAGACUGAGAGAAAAAGCGUUCUGUCAGAAGAAGCGUUCUCUAAGAGGACACAUGCGUGCUUAGUACCUCCACAAGACUCUUGAGCCAGAGGUUUUUGUUCUAAAGAGUGCCCUUGCUGGUCAUACGGCUGCUGUAUAUACAAUACACCCACACAAAGAUCACUUUCCAAUCUGUGGCUUAGAGAAGAGAGGAGGACACUGCUACUGCAGUUCAGAAAAAACUGAGUAUGUGAAUAUAAAUGAGGGAGAAAGACGCCCAAUGACUGGAACAGCAUUCCAACAGCUCUGUGUCAUACGUGUUUGCCAUUCUAGGUGAGGAAGUAUUCGUACUGUGUUAAUUGAUCUUGUAUGGUUAGAAAAAUUCCACCUGGAUGCUCAAAGAUGUGUCUUAUCAAGAUCAAGAGCCAAAAUCAACCACUUCUCAAGAUAUUCCCUAGAUAUUCUUCCAUUCCUUAAAGUAUUUCUCUCCAAAUGGCUGUGAGCUGAUCAAACUCUAAAAUUGCCACUGUACUUACAUAGUUGUUUAACAUUUUAUCUCAUUUAUUUUAAAUUAAAAACAUCUUUAAUGACGGUUAAAAUUAGUCUAACAAUGCAAAUUAAUGGGAAAAUAUACAAUCUGGACCUUUUUGUUUAGUCUGAUUAUUUUAUUGUGUUUUGUUUUUUCCCUGCAAUUUGUAAUACUCGAUAAAGGCAGUUUGCAGCAUUUAGUCUUAUUAUAUAAGAGUAAAGGAAGCUGACUUUGCAUUUUCAAAAGGAAAGUGGUGUGGAGGGUUUCCAUGUGAAGUUCUUGGGACUUUCCUUUUGAAACACAAGAUUCGAUAAUUGAAUGCCUUGAAAUAAUUAGUUUAAAUUGAAAAUGUACAAUGUCGAAAUGGACUGAAAUUGGAAGUUUUAAUACUGAAAUCAAAGGUUUUUCUUCUGCAGAGCCAACAAUGACAUUCCAUCAUCAAUGACCAUGAAUGUGUAUGUUCUUGUCACCAUUUUUUUUUUUUAUAACCUCAACAAACUGCAGAUAUACACAUGCUGUCUCACUCAUUUUCAAUUCUCAAAGCAAUACACUGUGUGUUCUAUCUAUUCCGUACAAUACCUAUUGGAAAGACUGGAGCUGAUAUUUGAAACUUUCAGAUAACAUUGAGUUAAAAUUGGUGUCGAAGUCAAAAUACUUGUUA